UUGGCGAACGACGCCCGUGCUCCCGCGCACCGCCUACUCUACCGCGAGUGUUGUGCAUAUCAAUUAAAUAUUACUUACGUAACAGGUGUUAUAUAAGUGUAUUGCAUAAGUGAAUACAAAGAUGGCAGCCGGCGACGUGACGCGACGCGCGUCUAUAACUGCGCCGUCGAUGCAUCGUCGCACGUCCGCGCGGAGAGGCUCGCUCGUGAAAAGCACUCAGGCUUCACAGGAAGUGCCGUGGGACAUAAUAGACCGGUGCGCGCUGCCGAUCGUGCUGUGUCACGCGCUGGCUGUGGUGCUGUCCACGCUGCUCAACGUGCUGCACCUGAGCACGGUGUCCGUGUUCACGCUGUUCCUGUGGUUCGCAAUCUCCAUCACGGGCGCGCUGUGGUUCUACCACAACCUGCAGGUGACAGCGGCGGGUAAGGCGGUGUUGGUGACGGGAUGCGACAACGUGCUCGGGAACGCCCUGGCUCGGAGACUGGACGACCUGGGCUACCACGUGUUCGCCGGCUUCCAGUCCAAGGCCGGCAACAUUGACGCGGACAUGCUGAAGGAGGACUGCUCCGGCCGCCUGCACACGUUACAGCUGGAUGUCACGUCUGAAACACAGAUUCUGUCGGCGUCGCUGUACAUUGUUGAUCACCUGCCAGAGGGCGCGCAGGGGUUGUGGGCGAUCGUCAACUGCGAAUCCUGGUGUGCGCUCGGUGAACUAGAGUGGGUGCCCUUCUCCGUAGUCCGACGAGCGAUGGACGUAAAUCUUUUGGGUCCGGCCAGGCUAGUGCAAGUGAUGCUGCCGCUAGUUCGUCGUGCACGAGGUCGUGUCGUGCUCGCUUCGUCCAUCUUGACGCACGUGGCCGCCCCGGUGCGCGGCGUGCAUGCGGCUUCGCUUGCCGCGCUCGACGCGCUGGCUGCCUGCCUGCGUAGGGAACUGAAGCCACGAGGAGUUGACGUGGUAGUGGUAGCAGCUGGCGAGUACACCACAGGUAGCGCGUGGCUAUCAGAGGAGAAACUUCUAGAACAGGCCAGAGAGAUGUGGAAGAGACUGAGCGAUGAACAGAAGGGCGCGUACGGAGAGGAAUACUUCGAACAGGCGCUCCGCAGCCUCGAGAAGUACACUAAGGGCGCUGAUGCCGACCUGACUGCCGUGACACGCGCGCUCAGCGACGGCGUGACACGCACUUUCCCGCUGUCACGCUACACACCGGUCUCCCCGCGCGAGAAGCUCAAGUCUCUACUCGCCGAGCACAUGCCCCGCUCGCUCUACGAGGGACUCUACAACGAUUAAAACUAGUCUUCCGCACUAUACUCACGAAUCAUUGGCGAAUUUUAUACUACGAGUAGAUUUAGGUACGAAAUUUUCUAGAAAAUUAUUUAUGUAGGUACAAAAUACAACAAUUUUGCAAAAUAUUUUACUGUUAAUUCUAUACAUUUUAU